ACAGUAUUUAAUAUAAUAAGAUAUUUAUUUAUUUGACCAAAAAAAAAAAGAAAAAACAUAUAAAACCGCCAUUUCAUUUCAGACACAAAUACAUGACAUUUCUACAAUGUUUCACGCCGUUACCAUCGACGGCGCACGUUUGAUGAACAAGAAAAACCAAAUGUGCAAAACGAAGAAGAGCACAGAGGCAAUCUCACCCAGGAGUCCGAAUUCCAAUGCCAGGCCCCGCAAAUCGUUUACCGAUUCGAUUCCCGACCCGUUUUCCAACAACUACGCCACCGGGUCCGGGUCCGGGUCGAGCUACAACAACAAGUACUACUCUUCGAAAUCUUCGGCUACGAGCCGAGCCUCUCUCUCUAGCUUCAAGGAUUCUCUGCCGGAAAAUCCUCACAUUUACAAUUUCUCGGAGAUCUCCGCCGCCACCAACAACUUCCUCUCGAAUAAAUUCUCCUCCUCCUCCACCUCCGCCGCGUGGCGGUGCUUUCUCCGCGACAAGGAGGUCGCCGUCUUCCAACGCAAGCUCCGACGACCGCUCGAGGUCCCGGAGCUCCGAGACAGGCUGCUGUCGAUCUGCCGGAUCCACCAUAGUAGCCUGAUCAAGCUCCUCGGCGCUUCGCUCUCGGGGAAUUACAUUUACUUGGUGUACGAAUUCGCCACCGGAGCGAAUCUCAAAGACUGUCUCCGAAACCCUAAAAACCCUAGCUUCACCGUGUUGUCCACCUGGUUGAGGCGCAUGCAAAUCGCCACGGACCUCGCUCACGGGCUCGACUAUGUCCACCAUUGCACGGGUGUACAGAGCUCGGGCUUCGUCCACAACCACAUCAAAAGCUCGAGCGUGAUCGUCACCGAAGAGUCCUUCAACGCGAAGAUCUGCCACUUCGGCACCGCCGAGCUCUGCGGCGAGAUCACCGGUAGUUCCAAAACGCCGCCGCCGCCGCAGCAGAAAUCCAAAGAAGUGAAGCUCGAAGGCACGAGAGGGUACAUGGCGCCGGAGUUUCAGCAGACGGGACUCGCGACGCAGGAGAGCGACGUGUACGCGUUCGGCGUGGUGGUGUUGGAGCUGUUAUCGGGUGAAGAAGUGUUGAAGUUCGCGUUCGACGACAAUGGCGGGUACAGGAGAGUGAGCGUGAUCGACACGGCGAGGGAAGCGAGUGGGGAGUAUGGUGGAGUGAGGAAAUGGGUCGAUCGGAGAUUGCGGGACUCGUACCCGGUGGAAGUGGCGGAGAAGAUGGUGAGGUUGGCGUUGGAGUGCGUUGAGGAGGAUCCGAAUAAGAGACCCGAUAUGGGUCGGGUCGCACUUUUGGUUUCCAAGUUGUAUUUGGAGUCUCAGCAUUGGGCUGACCAGAUUGGCUUACCCACCGAUUUUUCGGUUUCCUUGGCCCCUCGGUGACCUAGGAAGUAUGGACAGAGGAACAGGUGUGAUACGUCAUUUUUGAAAAAUUAUAUUGAUAGAUAGGGCUUAUUUGACUGUAACUUUACUCACCGGUGGGCUUUUAUAUUUUUAUCAUUUUGUUUUGAGGUAAAUUUUUUUUUUUUUUUUUCACCUUGGUGGUUAACAUGAGUGUUAGGGUUAGAUUGAUUCGUUUUGAGGGUAAAAGGAAUUGAUAGUUUUGUUUAUACUUGUAUAUGAUGUGAAUA